AUGAAAAAAAUCACUAGUGGAACGUCAAAUGAAAUAAUGUCCAAGCUGGUAUGGAUAGAGUCUAGUGUGACGAACUUUGCUAGGCCGAACACGAUGAUCGUCAAUAAAAUGACGACAGAGAAUAAUGACGCCUGGGAGGAUUCUGAUGAAGAAAUUUCUGAGGAAAUAAUCAUGGUCGACAAAUCAACGAUGAUGCCAGACUUUUCAUCAAGUCAUACCAUAAAUUCCGGUGUGGCGGAAACUUCACGACGUUCGACCAGGGACUCUGGUGGCCCGUCCAAUGUCUCGGAUUCUCCUCGGCGUUCGAACAGUGAGUCCGACCGAACGGCGAUUUUAUCGGAUACUGCACGUCAUCUGACCAAAGAUUCUGGUGGCUUGUCCGGUGUGUCGGGUUCUCCUCGGCGUUCGAACAGUGAGUCCGACCGGACGGCGAUUUUAUCGGAUACUGCACGUCAUCUGAUCAAGGAUUCUGGUGGCUUGGCCGGUGUGCCAGGUUCUCCUCGGCAUUCGAGCAGUGAGUCCGACCGACGUAAUAAGUCCUAUCGAACGGCAAUUUCGUCGGAUACUACACGGCCUUUGAUUAGGGAAUCCAGUCAGAAAAAUUAUUCGCCAAAACGUUCGAUAAAUCAUAUCUUCCGCCCGCCCCGGGUGAUACAGGAGAAGAAGAACCCGGUGUGCAAAAACGUCGGGCAAACGGUGCCCGUUAUGAAAAUAGUCGAGUGCACCAAACACCUGAUGGCUGUUAUAGAGCAACUAAUGGUCGAUAUGCCGCCCACAAACAAGCACUAUAAUGCCGUGAUUGGUCUGCUCAACAAGGUACAGUGGUUGCUCAAGGACCUCGGCCAGACGUCUGGGUCGAGCGACCAAUCCCAAAUACUGAUGGAGAACUACGACAAUUACCGAAAGGCUUACUGCUGCCUCCGAAACCACAUUGCCUGUACGAAACAGCUGUCCGAGCAGCGUGAAAUUACCAGGCAACCACGGGAGGUUAACGUGGAUGAAGCAGAGCAGAUGCCGUCGAGUGAAGGAUAUAGUAACGGGAGUAACAUAUCUGUUGAUGUAUUUCAUAUCAUCGUGAUGAAAAACUCUAAAAUCAAAAGGAAUAUCAGCAGAAGACUUUAUAAGUGUCCAGGGAUGAUGAACCUGGACAUCUUUGAGAACAGAGACGCGAAACACCCCGACGAACCAACUAGAUUUGUCAAAGACGACAAGAAAAGGGACAAUUGGCCAAUAUCCCUUCUCAGAAACGCGUGCACUUUCUGUUUCCCGUUCUGUUAUGUAAAAUGA